AUGCAACCUCUCGCGAACCGAGCGCUCCUCCAGCGCCCUCGUGCGACGAUCACCUCCUCCUCCGUCGUCUGCCGAUCCUGCCGCCGCCGCCGACUGGCUACGACAGCCGCGCCGCCUAAGCCGCCCGCCGCCGGGCUGGCCGAGCUCUCGUCGCGGCGCGUCCUGGCCGUCGCCGGUGCCGACGCCACCAAGUUCCUCCAAGGCAUCGUCACGCAAAACGUCGCCACUGCCAACAGUGGGCGCAAUAUUACCACGGCGCCGCCUGAGCCGCGCACCGAAGGCUUCUACGCUGGCUUCCUCAACGCCACCGGUCGCGUCAUGCACGACACCUUCAUCUACCCCUUCCGGAGCGGCGCCGGCGGGUUGUCCGCCCUCGACUACGGCGACGGCGGCGACGGCUUCCUCGUCGAGGCCGACGCCUCACAGGCCGCACGCCUCGAAAAGUACAUCAAGCGGUACAAGCUGCGCGCCAAGGUCAGCGUCCGCGUUCUCGCUCCGGAGGAGGUGUCCGUCUGGCAAGCCUGGGACGACGCCGCUUCCAACCCUGGCCUGCCCAGCGGUAACGGUAGCAUCAUGACGCUGCGCGACCCUCGCGCGCCCGCCAUGGGAUGGCGCAUACUGCAGCUAGGCCCUGGAACGCCUGACGUCAUCGACGCGGAGCGCGCCGCCGAGGACGCGUACACGAUCCGGCGGUACCUGCAGGGUGUGCCCGAGGGCCAGGACGAGUUGCUGCGCGAGCAGGCGCUGCCGCUGGAGAGCAACAUGGAGCACAUGGGCGGCGUCGAUUUCCACAAGGGCUGCUACGUUGGGCAGGAGUUGACGAUCCGCACACGCCACCGCGGCGUCGUGCGCAAGCGCGUGCUGCCGUGCGCCCUCUACGACGCCGACCGCCCCGCGCCGAGCGUCCUCGCGUACGACCCCGACGCCCUCCCCGCCGGCAGCGGUACCACCGACGCCGCGGCAGUGCCAACGGAAACGAGCAUCGGCCGGUGCGGCAAGAGCGGCCGCAGCGCGGGCAAGUGGCUCAAGGGGCUCGGCAACGUUGGCCUCGCGCUGUGCCGCCUCGAGAUCAUGACGGACGUCGCGGCCGUAGUGCCGGGCGGCGGCGAUCAGGUGCCGGCUGCCGCGACGUACAGCCCGGAGGAUGACUUCGUGCUCGAUUGGGGGGGAGACGACGACGUCGGGGGCAGCGUCAAGAUUAAGGCGUUCGUGCCUGACUGGCUGCGCGCCAGCAUGGAGGAGGCGCAAAGGAAGAAGAAGCAGUAG